AUGGUUCCACCACUCAUACGCCCCCCUCGUCCAUUCAAGAAUCCCAACUACACCAAAAAUACGAAUCGUCGAACCAAGAACCUGAAAACCGUUCUAGGUCAGGAAAGGGAGAAAGAACGCAUCGAAAGGGAGAGGCGGAGACAAGAGAGAGAUAGUCAGGCGAUGGAUAUUGAUGAAGUUAAGAAAGAACUUGUUGAGGUGAACGAGGAAAUCUCAACUUAUCUAUCGAUAGAAGCACCACCAUCUGUUCUGCCACAGAGACACUACUGCGAUAUUACAGGGCUGGAGGCACCGUAUACCGAUCCUCGGACUGGACUGAGGUAUCAUGACAAGAGCGUUUAUGAACUUAUUAAGAACCUUAGCCCAAGCGCGGCGAAGGACUAUUUGGCUGCAAGGGGCGUAAAUCCCGUCGUCCGAUAG